AUGACCACCAGAGAAGACGCCAUCGCCGCCACGACCACCACGCCAUUUGUCAGUCCCGACAUCACAUCUCGUCACGCGACAGCACCGCCUUGGUCACUCUUUGCCCUGCGCUCCCACGACGUCCGCAACGCGCGCCCAGCCUCGCGCCAAGCUCCCAACAGUAUCACCACCACCACCAACCUCACAUUGACCAGCCCUCUGCUCGUCUGGCCAUCGACGUUUCCCUCGCUCCGACGCAUCCUCGCCGGUCCCCUCGCCUGCUCUCCUCUACCCCCCAUCGCAUUCACCAUGUCGCUCCGCCGCAAAGCCGCCGCCGCGUCCAGCAACGACACGCCGCCGCCGCGCGUGGCCGGGCCCUCUGACGACGUCGAGGAGGAAUACACGGGCCCGCGCACGCGCUCCGGCGCGCGCCGCCGCAACGUACCGCCCACACCCUCGCAGACGACCGCCGCGGCGACGACGACCCAGGACUCGUCCUCCUCCGAGGCCGAAAGCACCCCCGGCAAGCGCAAGUCGCGCACGCGCAGCCGGUCGCCCGUCGACGUCAGCAAGCUCGCGCGCAUGACACCACGCAUUGCCGAACCCACGCCGACAUCACCGCCCAACGGCAAGGCCGCCGCCACCACAACCGGCCCCGCGGCCGUCAACGGGGGCUUCCUCGCGCCUCCCCUCCCCGGUGGCGGCGGCGGCUUCGGCUGGAGCUGGCGCGACCUGAGCCGCAGCCCGAGCCCCCUCGGGCUGAUCCCGAUCCACCGCCACUUCAAGACGUUUGUGCACAAGCACGAGGUGCCGCGCAAGGCGCUGCACGUUUCCAUCGGCUUCUUCGUCGUCUGGCUAUACACGACGGGCACGCAGACGAGCGCGGUGGCGCCGUACCUCAUGGCGGCGCUCGUGCCCGUCGCGGCGACGGACCUGCUGCGGCACCGCUUCGCGCCCGUCAACCGGCUGUACGUGCGCGCGCUCGGGGCGCUCAUGCGCGAGAGCGAGUACGCCGGCUACAACGGCGUCAUCUGGUACCUGCUCGGCGCGUGGACGGUGCUGUGGGCGCUGCCCAAGGACGUCGCCGUCAUGAGCGUGCUGCUGCUCAGCUGGUGCGACACGGCGGCGAGCACGUUUGGCCGCCUCUGGGGCCGCUACACGCCGCGCCUGCGCCGCGGCAAGUCGCUCGCUGGCUCCGCCGCGGCGUUUGCCGUCGGCGUCGCCACGUCCGUCUUCUUCUACGGCUGGCUCGUGCCCACCAUUGGCCCGAAGCCGGGCGACGACGGCUUCCUGUUCCGCAACGUGCUGGCCUUGCCGGCGGCGUUGGUCGGCGAGGACCGCAGCGCGUGGUCCGUGACGGGCUCGCUGGCGCUCGGCGUCAUGUCCGUCGUCGCGGGCGUCGUCGCGUCGGCGAGCGAGGUGGUGGACAUUUUUGGCUGGGACGACAACCUGACGAUUCCCGUCCUCAGCGGUCUGGGCAUGUAUGGGUUCCUCAAGGUGUUUGGCUAG